CACAGAUGUAGAUUAAAUCUAGAUUGAAUCCAGAUUUACCAAUCGAAAACACCAUAUACAACACUACAAAUGUUCUAAUAUCGUAAAUUUGUUUACAAUAUUAGAAGAUGGAAUGUCAAAAACACAGCGAGACAUCAGGAAAAAUGAAUGAUAAAGCCCUUGCUGACAUGGUGCGUAUGCAUCGUAUGUUGUAUGAUAAAAGUCAUCCGUCAUAUAAAAAUAAUGAUCAAAAACGCUUGGUUUGGAAACGCAUUGCGGAGGAAUUGGAAAUGGAAGAAAAGGCUGUAGCAAAAAGGUGGGUGGUUUUGAGAGAACGUUUUAGCCGAGAAAAUCGCUAUAAACAAAAACAAAUUAAUCGAAAGCGCAGAGAAUGGCCCACGUAUGACAGUCUUCUGUUUUUAAAAGACCACAUUCUGCAGCGACGAGUACGGCCACGUAAAACUUGUGCGUCACGCAAUGAUUCAGAUAAAGAUUCUGAUUCUGAUGCUGAUUCUGAUACAUCUUCAUCAUUACCGCAAAAAAGAUCAAAUACUAACAAAGCUUCAGAAGCUAAAAAAGAUGAAGUGGACGUUUUAUUAGUCGAUGCACUCAAGAAAUAUCAUAAAAUAUGUGAAAUUAGGAUGAAAAACAAACGAAAGAGUGAUGAAGUGAUCCAUUUUGGAGAACUUAUCACUACAGCGAUAGACACAUUAAGUAAAUCAGCACAAAUCGAUGUAAUGCAAAAAUGCAUUGACGUUGCCAUGAAAGCCAAGCAAGAAGAAGUAAAUAAGUAGAGUAUUUACGAAAUUAUAAAUUUUUUUUUAUAUUAUUUUUCUAUAAGUUUAAAAUUUUGU